AUGGCUAGAUGUUUGCGAUCUGCAACAUUGAUUCGACCAAAUCACGAUACUUGGUCUUGGAGUCCAAGUGAGCAGGAGUAUCAUCAGGGAACAAAUCUUGACAAAGAACUGUUUGCAUCUUCUUUUCCGAAUCGUUCCGGUGACCGUAAAAUUGACUGUGCUUGCUUGCUCUCCUUCUGUUUGGUUGCACUUAACUUCUAUCCCCAGCACUCAAAGCAAUUUCACCGAUAA